AUGGGUUUUCAACAAUCCACAGCUAAUUAUUCUCUUUUUACUAAGACUGGGGGUUCAUCUUUCAUUGCCCUUCAUGUCUAUGUUGAUGAUAUUCUUAUAGCUAGUAAUGAUACGAAAUUUGUUGAGCUUUUAAAGUCCUUGUUUAAUGAGAAGUUUAAGCUCAAGGACCUUAGUAAGCUCAAAUAUUUCCUUAGUUUGGAAGUGGCAUGGUCUCCUACUGGUAUUUCUUUAUAUCAGAGAAAAUAUUCCUUGAAGAUUUUUCAAGAUGCUGGUUUCCUUACUUCUAAACCUAUUGCCUUUUCUAUGGAACAAAAUAUUAAAUUGAGUAAGGAUGUGGGGGACUUGUUGCUUGCUCCUACAGUUUAUAGAAGACUUGUAACUCGACUUCUUUACCUCACAUUAACUCGGCCAGAUUUGUGUUAUUCUGUCAAUAGACGUAGCAAAUAUAUGGCUCAGCCUAGACAGCCUCAUUUACAAGCAGCCUAUAGAAUUUUACAAUAUGUCAAAGGCACUCCUGGUCAUGAUCUUUUCUUUCCAACUACCAAUACAUUAUCUUUUAAAGUUUUUGCUGAUUCUGAUUGGUCUUCUUGUCUCGACAGUAGGAGAUCUACAAGUGGUUAUUGUGUUUUUCUUGGGGAUUCUUUGGUUUCCUGGAAGACCAAGAAACAUACCACUGUUUCUAGAUCUUUUGCAGAGGCUAAGUAUAGAUCAAUGGCUUCUACCACUUGUGAUAUCAUUUGGUUUCUCAUUAUCUGA